AUGCCCCCCUCGCAAUUCCGCCUCGUCUUCUCCGUCCCUCCCGCCGGCCUGGCCGCCUGCAAAGCCGCCAUCUUCGCCGCAGGCGCCGGCAGUUACCCGGGCGGCAAAUACACCGAGUGCUGCUGGACCACCGCCGGCACGGGCCAAUUCCGGCCGGGCGAUGCCGCGAAUCCCCACAUUGGGACCGUGGGGGCCCUGGAAGAGACCCCGGAGAUCCGGGUCGAGACCAUCUGUGUGGGGGAGGAGGUGGCCAGGCAGGCGGUGGAGGCGUUGAAGCGGGCGCAUCCGUAUGAACAGCCGUCGUAUAGUGUGUUUCGGAUGGAGGAUUUCUGA